AUGGCUGCCAGACACCUUCUACAAGUUUUAAUGUUAUUGGCAUACUCUCUUCCCCUCAGCCAAUGUGCCCCGGGAAGUGGCCGCGUCGAACUCCCUUCUUUGCUCGACGCGACGCUGGAUGAGCUGCAGUCGGGCCUCAAUGCCGGACAUUUCACCAGCGUGGACUUGAUCCGGGCCUACACCGCCAGAAUCGACGAAGUCAACUCGCGGCUGCACGCUGUCAACGAGAUCAACCCGGAUGCUGUUUCCAUCGCCGCACAUCAUGACGCCUUGAGAUAUUCUGGAAAUCUCAUCGGCCCGCUUCACGGGAUCCCAGUCGUGAUCAAGGACAACAUUGGCACGGCCGACAAGAUGAACAACACGGCUGGGUCGUACGCGCUUCUGGGCGCCGAAAUCCCAGAGGACAGCACAGUUGCACGCAAGCUACGCGAGGCUGGCGCCAUUAUUCUCGGCAAGGCUAAUCUAGCGCAGUGGUCUGGUGCUCGUGGAGAUAUUACCCAGGGAUGGUCUGCGUAUGGCGGGCAGUGCAUCGGCGCGUACUACCCCGACAUGGACCCCGAUGGUUCUUCGUCUGGCAGCGGUACCGCGGCCUCGGUUGGUUUGGCCUGGGCGGCACUGGGAACCGAUACGACUGGUUCCAUUGCGGAUCCAUCGAGCAAGCAUAACUUGGUCGGAAUCAAGCCCACCAUGGGGCUGACGUCGCGGUAUCUCGUCGUUCCCAUUUCGGAGCACCAGGAUACCGUUGGACCAAUGGCGCGAACGGUCAAGGAUGCGGCGUACUUGUUAUCGGCCAUUGCUGGAUCUGACGAGCACGACAAUUACACGUCUGCAUCGCCGUUUGGAGAUCAAGUGCCAGACUAUGUCGCUGCUUGUAAGGGCAAGGGUCUGCAUGGGAGGCGGAUUGGCGUCCCUCGGCAUAUGGUGCAACUGGGGCCUAACAAACCUAGCGAUUAUAUGCUUGGGAUAUUCGACUCUGCGGUGGACGUCUUGCGAGCUCAGGGUGCUGAAGUUAUAGACGACAUCAUCCUGCCUGGCGCAGCGGACUUGCUGAACAGCAAAUACAGCCCCUUUGUCACAGGCCCAGACAUAAUGGCCAACAUACCUCGAUACUUUUCGCAGCUCAAAACGAACCCUAAUAAUAUCACUACAAUGGUUCAACUACGCGAAUUCAUCCAAAACGAUGCUCGUGAAGGGUAUCCCGAGAAAAACACCAGUUCUUGGGACAGAGGCAUCAGCAGAGGCUACGAUAAUACCUCGCCAGUGUGGUGGGGAAACUACACGGCCCAGGCAGAGCUCGCCGGCCCUCAGGGAAUCGCCGGCGCGGUGAAGAAGUACUCUCUCGAUGCUAUAGUCCUGCCCACGGAAUAUCUGAGCAAGCUUGCAGCUCCUCUAGGCAAUCCGGUCAUUUCAGUGCCUGUAGGACGGACGCCCGACGACACGCCUCUGGAGAAGAAUGAGUUUGGAACUUUGAACAUCAAGGGUCCGAACCAGCCGUUUGGGCUGGGUUUUACGGGCGCGCGGUUCAGUGAGGAGGUACUUUUUGAAAUUGCGUAUGCGUUUGAGCAGGCGACGAUGGUGCGCAGGACGAUUAUUCCUUAUAUUCAGCCAAAGACGGAGCUGAAAGACAUUGUGGGAAAGAGACAGGAUACAAAUGGGAAUUUGGAGUUGUAG